CAGGUCAUAGAGAUGCUCGUUACAGCAUGUCGUAAAGCAGUUAAGCCGCUUUCUUCUCACAGUGUGGCGUCUGAAGAAAUUCGUGGCAUUGCCGGAGAGGUUAUCUCAUAACUAAGGUGACCAACCGUCCUCCUUUAGGGAGGACAGUCCUCCUUUUGAUUUCCAAAUUCCUUCUUUGUGCUCUCCAAGGAAGGCUUUACGAGAGCAUAGGUGCCAUGCCCUUCUCAACCCAACCUGAAAUAUGCAAAGAGCAGAAUGUUCUGGUAGCAACUCUUGAUAAUGUUAGAAACCUCUCCAAUAUUUUGAAAGCCAUUCAUUUCAAAGACCACGCUACUUGCUUCACUUCAUCAAAUGGACUCAAAUUCACGGUGGAAAAUGCAAAGUCUUUGCAAGCCAAUGCUUUUGUUCAGGCUGGAAUUUUCCAAGAAUUUGUUGUGCGGGAAGAAUCUGUGAUGUUCAGAAUCAAUCUGUCCGUGCUUUUGGACUGUUUGACCAUCUUUGGAACAAAUUCUUUGCCAGGAACUCAAACAGCCCUUCGGAUGUGUUAUCAGGGAUAUGGCUACCCUCUAACACUCUACCUGGAGGAAGGAGGGGUGGUGACUGUAUGUAAAAUCAAGACUCAGGAGCCUGAAGAGAUUCUCGAUUUUGACUUCUGCAGUACUAAUGUUGUAAAUAAAAUUAUCCUGCAGUCAGAGGGACUGAGAGAGGCAUUUUCCGAACUAGAUAUGACCAGUGAAGUGCUGCAGAUUACAAUGUCUCCAGACAAACCUUAUUUCAGAUUAUCCACUUUUGGGAAUGCUGGAAGCACUCAUUUGGAUUACCCCAAAGAUUCUGACCUUAUUGAAGCCUUUCAUUGUAAUGAAACACAAACAAACAGAUACAAGAUAUCAUUACUCAAGCCAUCAAUUAAAGCAUUAGCUCUGUCCUGCAAGGUAUCCAUUCGGACAGAUAACCGAGGCUUCCUUUCAUUGCAAUAUAUGAUAAGGAAUGAAGACGGAGAGAUAUGCUUCGUGGAAUAUUACUGCUGUCCUGAUGAGGAUGUUGCAGAAGCAGAACUGUAGCCAUAAUGAAAAAGUUACUGAAUUAACCCCUGCAAAAACUGUUUAGUUCAAGAUAAUCGGGAAAGAAAAAGAACAAGAGAACAUUAUUCCCAUUGUAACGGAAGUCAGAGCAUCCCUGAGCCACUUAGGUUAGGAUGGUGAAAAAUGGAGAUGGAGACAAUAGGCUUUCAAGGAGCUGUUGUGAUUGCCCAUGGAGAAAUGUAUGUAAUGCAGAGGCUCAGAGUCAAGAAUGAAAAAAACCACAUUUCCCCCCACCCACCCCCCAGGCAGGGGUUUUGCUUUGCUUCCAAAAGGAGAGCAGGGUAAAGCCAAAUGUAUUUUUAUUUCAGUUAUCUGAAAAUAAAAAUUACAAGGGACAACUUAAAGGAGCUAUCUGUAACACUGGGUUUUAGAUACCCAAUAACAGAAACUAGAAAAGAGUCUCUAAAAGAGAGACUGAUUGUAUGGCAAACCAUGAACCACUAACUGAACUUCUGGAGAAAGAUUUGGCCAAGAAGCAAACCUGUUAUCACAUUUGUAUCACAUACUUCUCUACAUUUCUAAUCACCUACUUUGUAUUUGAAUCUAGAAAGCAUCACAAGUUAUGAAUUGAUACAUUUCCCUUUUUAUAUACUGCAAAAUACAUUUUCAGAAAUAUCUUUAAA